GUCUUCUCGCAGAGGCGGAAAUUACAAAAACACAAUGAAUAAUGCACAUAAAAGGUCAUUAAAAUACAAGACGAAACAAAACAUGUACGAUUAUUAUAACAACGCCGAGGAAAAAAACCAAUCUCCAUUAUAAUAAUACAAUUAUUAUUAUUAUUAUCAAACGUGAUCAACGUGUUUGUUUCUUGCAAUUACACCGAUUGUUAAUGAUUUUUCAAUGAUACAAUCGACAAUAAUAUAACAUUAUGUAUCUCAAAGUCAAUGUUCCGCCCGUCUUCAAACAGAUAUUCGCUGCGUCCGGACCUCUGAUUGUGACGUUAGGUUCCGGGAUGACAGUUGGGUUUUCGGCUGUACUUUUGCCGCAGCUCAAGGACGACCGAUCUACCAUCAAAAUUAGCAGUCAUCAAGAGUCUUGGAUAGCCAGCAUGGCGGCGCUACCGAUGGCCGUGGGCGGCGUGCUUUGCGAGCGGCUUCAUGGACGAGCUGGGCCGAGAUCGACCAACCUGCUCAUCUGCGUGCCGUUUGUGCUCGGGUGGACGGCCGUAUCGAUGGCCACCGGCGUGAACGGCGUGUACGCGGGCCGACUGCUCACCGGCCUGUGCACCGGCCUGCUCGGCCCGCCGACGGCCGUAUACAUCGCCGAGGUGACGGAACAGCGUUACCGGGGCGCCGCGUUGGCCAUGAUCUCAUUCUCCGUGUCGGCCGGUAUACUGGCCGUGCACACGAUGGGCACGUUCCUUGGCUGGCGGCUGGUGUCGGCCCUGUGCUCGACCGUACCGUUCGCCGGCUACGCGCUCAUAUGGUUCACGCCCGAGUCGCCGGUCUGGCUGCGCGAGGACGAAGACAGGCGCCGCCGCCGCCGUCAGACCACUGCCGUCGGCGGCGUACCGUCGCGGCCACCGGCGGAAGUGGACACGCAGCAGCCGCCGCCGCCGUCGCCUCCCGCGGAAUUGGACGCGCAGCCACCGCCGCUUCCGGCCGCCAAGCCGACGGCGCGUCAGUGCUUCGGCAGACCGUCGUUCCUGGGGCCGCUGGCCGUGCUGUCCGCGUUCUUUUUCGUCCAACAGUUCUCGGGCGUCAACGCGGUGGCCUUCUACUCGGUAACGCUGCUCAAGCGCGUCGGGCCCGACCUCAACGAGUACCACUGCACCAUGGCGCUGGACGUCAUCCGGCUGGCCGUGUCCGUGCUGGCGUGCGGCCUGACCAAGCGGUACGGCCGCCGGUCGCUGGCCGUCGUGUCGGCCGUGGGCACGUGCGCGUCGCUGCUGUGCCUGGCCGCGUCGGUGCGCGACACGGGCGCCCAGUCCACCGGUACCGUGGCUGUCCAAGCGAUUCCGGCCCCCACGGCCACGGCCAGCCUGACGCCCGUCCUGUCCAUCGUCGCGUACAUGGUGUUCGUCAACAUCGGACUGGUCCCGUUGCCUUGGAUCAUGUCCGGCGAGAUGUUUCCUGGAUAUUGCCGCGAACUCGGCAGCGGCCUGUCCACGUGCUUCGGGUUCUUCAUGUUCUACACGGUGAUCCAAAUCAGCCCCUAUAUGCUGACCAACAUCGGCACGUCGAUGACGUUUUACAUUUUCGGCACUGUGUCUGGCGUCGGUGCAUUGUUUCUAUAUCUGUGUCUACCGGAAACCAAAAACAAGUCAUUAGAAGACACGACGUAACAAAUCACAGAAUAAACGGUAACGGUUUUAAACAAGAACACACGUAAUGUUAUUGUAUUGUUUCUGGACGGAACCGCGGACGACAACGAUCGGACAUAGACGUUGUUUAAGCGUUUGGCCGGGAGAUCUCACCCGGUGUAUGUUGUUGUUCGAGUCAUCAGAAAUAAACGAUAAUAAUAUUACCACUUUAUAAUAUAUUAGCCGUUCAACGAUAGAUUGUUAUUAUAAUAAUAUC